AACCGCCAAUACACUUCAAAGAAGGACGUUAAAAGAUGGCGCCUUGAGCUGCUUUUGAAACAGAAGAGAGGAGAGCUAUUUCUAACUCUGAAUAUUGAGCUCACUGCAGCGACCUCCGCAGCCAUGCUGACCUGUGCCUUCUGUGGGGAAGAGAUGAUGUUAGAGGAGGACAUGAAGACACAUCUCCUUCUCAGCCACAUGGAGAAUGCCUCUCGCUGCCCGCUCUGCUCCCUGUCAGGAGUGUCCUACGACGAGCUGAGGUUCCACAUCAGCUCUGCACAUCCAGAGACGCAGCUCGGAGCGCAGGACCCCCCUCACAUCACACCCCCUGCAGGCCGCUCUGCUGCAGCUAACACUCAGAGCCACAAAACCCCUCCCUCCUGCUGGGCUCAGGACAGCUGUGAUACAGAUGCUGAGGCAACACACUGUAGUGACACUAUAGACUGCCAUAAACAAGACAUUACAUCCAAGAGUCGGGCUUCAUCAACUGGGGAGACCGCAACAAUUCAGAGCCCUAGAAGAAGGCAAAAGGCUGUGGCGCUCUCUAAUAAGGACAAUAAGGGAUUUAAAUCUGAGCACAGCAAAGCCAAACAGAAGCGGCUGUCUUCAAAGAGAGAGGAGGAGCUGUUCUCGUGCCCCAUGUGUCCUCAGGUGUGCAACAGCUGUGAGAUGCUGCAGGAGCAUGUAGAGCUCCACCUGCAGGAGCAGCACUCAGCUGGAGGGUCAGCACAGGAGGCGUGUUCACCAGCCAUGACGUCACCAUCAGCCCUCCGUCUCUCAGGAGAGAAGAGAUUUGAGUGCCCUCUGUGCUCUGUGGUCUGCAUGGACAGCUCCUCACUGCAGGAACAUGUGGAGCUACAUUUAGAGCAUGGCGCUGCUGUGAACUCAGCAGCCGCUGCUCACAGCCCUGGCUCGGACCUGAGGCUGGCCCGGGAGCUGCAGCGGGAGGACGAGGCCCGGCAGGAGAGAGAGGACUUCAAGAAGCUGCAGAAGCAGUUUGGUCUGGACGGAGGAGGGGGCUACAGCCGACAGAUGGAGAGGAGCAUGGAGAAGGCUGUGGCCAGGGGGCUUCUGGCCCCCGCAGAGUUCCACUGCAAGAGAGCUGAGAUGAUGGAGUCUCUGGCCUCAGGGCUGGAUGAUGGCAGGACCAGAACUCAGGGUGUGCUCAGAGCGUUAUCUGAAUAUUACCAGACUGAAGCCAGAGACUGUGUCCAUGUGUGGCUGAGUGCUGACACGGACCACUUCUGCUCCUCAGCGGGGGACACGGGCUGGGGCUGCGGCUACAGGAACAUCCAGAUGCUCCUCUCCUCUCUGCACACCAUCGAUGCAUAUGCUCCCCUCCUGCAAGAGAAGGCGGUGCCUAGUAUCCCUCGAGUGCAGAGUAUGAUCGAGGAGGCUUGGAAAGAAGGGCUGGAUCCGCACGGCGCGUCCCACUUCAACCAGCGGCUGCAGGGAACACGAGCCUGGAUCGGAGCCACGGAGAUCUACGCCCUCCUCACCUCUCUAGGAGUCAGUGCUCGCAUCAUCGACUUCCACCGGCCCACAGGCCCUGAUAACAGCCACCCCCGGCUGUUUGACUGGGUGAAGCAGUAUUUCCAGUCCAGCAGGAGCGGCAGACUGCCCCCCCGACUCAUCCAAACCUCCAUGCCCCCGCUCUACCUGCAGCACCAAGGCCACAGCCGCUCCAUCGUGGGUCUGGAGCAGAGGAGGAACGGCAGCCUGAGCCUGCUGCUCCUGGACCCCGCCUCCCCAGCAUCAGACACCAGGAGGCUACUGAGCAGAGACACCCUGCCCACAGCCCUGAAACAACUCCGGAAGCCCCCCCGCAGCCUGAAGCACACACAGUACCAGCUGGUGGCAGUGCAGGGGGGGCUGUCUGCAGAGGAGAAACAGAGGCGCAUCGUGAGCUCCAGAACAUUAUGUGCAGAAAGGAUCCCAUGACAGGAAGACACUUUAUCUCUUGUUUUUGUUUUUACUGUGAAUAAACAUGUGAUUUCUCACUUCAGGAACUAUUUAUUGUGGUUGUUUUUCUAAUAAACCUUGUUUUG